AUGUCUACGAUGGUAGAAACACAGCAAGAUGGAAAAGUUGAUUCCAAGGAAAUGGCAGGUCCGGGUUCGGGGUUGGUCCAGAGCUCUGGAUCUCUGUCAAAGACGAAGCCAACGAAUAAAACACCUAAUGAAGGUAUACAUAGGAUGAAAAAAAAAUUGAUUCGAGCACCACCUAAUAGACAUGCUAUCAAGUAUAGAGCUUGGUUGCUUGGUCAUACAUUGAACUUGGUUUUUGGUACCAUAACAUUUAUAUUUCAGGUGUUUUGGUUGCCUAAUGUUUUCUACAUCAACUCCAUAGCAUAUCGAUUGACGUUAAUUGGCUCAAUUAUAGCAUUGACUGCUACUUUUAGCCACAAGUUUGGUUUACACUUUUUGCCCCCAAUUGCAACUUUGCUAAGCCAUCAAAACUUCCAGUACAUCAUUUUAGCUGUUGUUUGGUGUUUUACAUUCAAAUCGGUUUUCAAGGUUAUCCCAUACUUUGCAAUAAGCUUGUUGCAAAUUGGUAAGCUUAAAAAGAUUGAAAUAAUUGAAAAAAAAGCUUCACUCUUAUCAUCGAUAAUUGCAUACGAUGAAUUGGUUUUGAUAGCAUACUUGAUAUUGAGAACAUUGUUUUUCCGAAAUGCAAGUGGGUACCAAUUGUCCUUAUUUUUGAUUUUUUACUGGUUGAGAAUCUUGUAUAAUCCAGAAACGGGUAAUUUGUUCGCAACAAUUGUUGAUAGAUUGGACGGCGAAGUUAUGAAGAUAAAGAAUCCAAAAAUACAACAUUACUGGAUUAAAACAAGAGAAUUUGUGAAAGCAAAACAGAAUGAAGAGCACGAAAUGGACAAACUGGGGUAA